GUUCCCUCACCUUCACGGAGUGCCAACAGAUUCCUGCCUCACAUAUCCUACGCAAGUAUUCCAACGGUGCAACGGUGCCGCGCUGCGAGAGAAAGCACAGCGGCAUUUGACAAAUAACGGGAACUUGACAAGGUGUAGUCGUGUUCUGCUGUCGGUUUCUUAUUUUUGUCGCCGGUACUUUUCCCCCUGCUGGCGCUUCUGCGAUUGAUUUUCUACCGCAUUCGAAGUUCGUGUUCGGCGAUUAGAAUACCUCGCACUGUUCUUGAUUGUCGGUUUCGUUAGAAAAGAUGCUAGACGGUGAAGGUGAUAUUCAUGUAACCGGCGCACAUCCCGGCGUGCGACAGGCAUCACAGGCGCGGGAGGAGCUGGAGGCGGACGAGGAGGCGAAGGAGGAAGGGAAGGCGGUCGCUGUCAGCGUGUCAUCCACCGUUCCCACCACCGCGAAUGAAAAGCUGCACUACUACCUGCGGGAUCGCACCAAGUAUCUCCACGUACAAAACGAGAUCCCCGCGCAGGUCACCAGCGAUCUGUCCCUGGUCAACAACUACUACGUCUCCAUCUCCGACCCGCAGGACAUGACGUUUAUCAACCCGGGCCAAAGCACGUCUGACCGCAUCUUCGCUACGGUGUACACAGGGCUCUUAAACCUCUACCUACAGUGUGCCCUUCUCGUGCCGACGUUUCUCUUCCUAGUCUUUUCCGCGGUACGCACAGAGAGCUCCCCUGUGUUUCUGCUUGUGUACACGAUUUUUAUCGGCCUGGAGGUGUUGGCCAUCUGGGCCUACGAGCGCGGUGCCCGCUUUGCGGCCGGACUCUGGUGGGAGCUUGUGUGGGUGGGCGCGAGCAUCGUUGUUGUGUCGAUCUACGUGGCAUACCCGACGAGCAUUGUCUGUGGGCUGCUGCUCAUCGUUCAUUGGAUGUUUAUGGCCCGUCUCACGGUGCUACAGAUGUCGCGAGCGCUGCGCGUCUUCUGCGCGUCGGACCGCCGCUGCUACAUCGCAGAGGGUGUGGUGCUCGACCUGGCCUACAUCACACGUAACGUGCUGGCGAUGGGCUGGCCCGCCCGUGGCACCGAGGCCUUCUACCGCAACCCGUGGGAGGAGGUGGUGCGCUUCCUGCAUCGCAAGUACGCCCGCCUGUCCUACCACGUGAUCUCUCUCUGCUCCGAGCGCAGCACGGCGCCAUUUCCCCUGCAAUCGGUCUACUGCGUGGACGAUCACAACCCGGCCGAACUGGCUCACAUGAUUGCCUUCUGCUGCGAGGUGGCGGACUACGUUAUGGCUGACCCCUACAAUCGUGUGGUGGCGGUGCACUGCAAGGGUGGCAAGGGCCGCACCGGGGCGAUGAUCUGCGCCUACCUGAUGUACUGUGGUCUCUGCCGCAGCGCAGAGGCCGCCCUGCGCCACUUCAGCCUCAUGCGCAGCCGCGUCGGCUACACCAAGCUGCAAGGCGUGCAGACACCGUCGCAGGCGCGCUACGUCCACUACUUCGACCGCCUCAUCAACGAGCAACCGGGCAUGGCCAUCCCAUCGCGGCCGCGUCGGGUGCAGAAGCUCGUGCUGCACCACAUCCCCCCGCUGUGGCUGCAGCGCGGUGUGGAGCAUUUGUGGAUGGCAGUCAUUACGCGGCCGUGCACGGAGCGCAACGUGGUGUACCUCUCAAACCGCACCGUUACCUUCAACGCGCAGGUGCCCGACCCGUCGACCUACGACUGGCGACGGCAGGUGAAGGAUCUCUUCCACAACGAUGAGGAGGUGCUCUACAUGGAGGCGAACGAGAUGGACUCGGCGGAGUCGUCAGUGACGGGGUACGUGCCGGACCGCCGUGCCUUCCGCGCUGUCGGCACGGCGGCGGACACGCUAGAGCUGACGGCGACGGAAGACAUCCCUGUGCUAGAUGGCGACGUGACGUUUAAAUUCUUCUUUUACAAGAACAAUCCGAACCCGCUGCGGCCGCCGGUGCAGUUUUGGCUGCACACCGGCUUCGAGCACAACGCCACAAUUCGACUAGACCGCAACGAGCUCGAUGGUCCAUCGAAGGACACGAAGCAGGAGCGCUACCCGGGUAACUUUGAGAUCGAGUUGCAGUGGGAGGAUGCGCGGCGGCAGUCCAGUGCGCGCGAAUAG